GCCCCUCGCGGGGAGAAGUGGCCCCGUCUCGGGCCGCCGUCGACGCCGUGAAGUAGAAAUGGAUGUCAAGUUCACUGGUGAUGCCGUGAAUUGGAAGCCAAACGUCAGCUGUCAGUGCAAGUUGACGGGCCGGGCGGAGUAGCAGCGGGGCUACACGUUCGCGCGGAGGGCAGCGCUUAGCUUUGUUGUUGUUGUUGUUGUUGUUGUUGUUUGUUUGUGCGACUUGUCGGGUUACGGGGUGUCACGGUGCUCGUAACGAUUCGAGCAGCGGUUUUUUUUUUUUGCAACAUUCGCCGCUUUAUCGACAGCAUCGAGUUCGACAUUUGAAAAACACAGCGAGGCAGUGAACGCAUCCAUGACUGCGGAGCGACGCACGAGCCUCCUGCUGCUGUCAACUUGAGGAGAGGCCCCGCUUUCCCUUUUCUCCUUACUUUUUGGUCACUUGUGAAGCAUCUUGCAUUUGUCAACAUGCCUUUGAUGUCAUUUAACUACUAUAGCGGUUGUGACGUGACAGAAACGGUGAUCAUUGGUGGCAGCAUCUUCCCGAGUAUGUUAGUUAUAGGACGAAUAUUACAAUGACCUGGACUCAGGAUAUUGUUUUUUUUAAGACUGAAUUUCCAGCUUUGUGCUGCCCACUAAUGUGAACUGGCAAUCGAAUGCUGUUUAAACAAAGCUCCAGCCGCUAUAUAGAUUGAAUGCAUCCACAUCCACACCAGCCUCUGCCUUGUCCUCAGAUAACCUCACAUGGGCCCCUGUAGUGGAGCUCUCUUGUCUCUCUGCACAAGGGGGGGGGGUUCAUAAUGUCCACGCUGCCUUUUAGGGCUCGCGCCUGUGCCAGAAGCUAAAGUAUGUAGAAAGAUGACAGCCCAGGAAAUGUCCAAUGAGGAAACAAACAAACAAACAAACAAACAAGCAGCAGCAGCAGGGAGUGCCCCAUGGAGGAGCUGCACAGCCUGGACCCCAGGAGACAGGAGCUGCUGGAGGCCCGGUUCACCGGCGGCGUCAGCGGCAACACGGGAGGCAGCACCGGGAGCACCAGCGGAGGCACUAAGGGUCUGGCCAACGAGUCCUCCAACCACAGCUACGGCAGCCUGGGCUCGUCCAGCGACAAGGAGUCAGAGAGCUCUGAUUUGAAACGAGGGAGCUCCCCCGCCUACUCAACCCCAGAGAAGAAGCACUCGGAGUCGUCCAGAGGGAGGAAGAGGAAAGCCGACACCUAUUCAGAGAGUAGUCAAGGGAAGACGUCAACGCGCGGGCCCAAGAUCAGCGACUACUUUGAUUUUCAGGCUGGAAAUGGUUCCAGUCCUGUCAGAGGGCUCCCGUCAGCUCGCCGCUCGCCACAGAGCUCGCACUCCGCUCCGGGCUCUAUCAUCCGGCAGAAUAGCUCCUCUCCCACAAGUCUGUGUUUCGGGGAACACAAUCCCAAAGCGUCCUCCAGCAAGUUGGUCCAGACGGAGCUAACGGGCCUAAAACUCGCUGCUCUGGAGAGCAACAAGAGUCUGGACCUGGAAAAGAAAGAGGGGCGAAUAGACGACCUGCUCAGGGCUAACUGUGACCUGCGGCGACAGAUCGACGAGCAGCAGAAACUCCUGGAGAAGUACAAGGAGCGGCUCAACAAGUGCAUCACCAUGAGCAAGAAACUGCUGAUAGAAAAGAGCACCCAGGAGAAGCAGUCGUGUCGCGAGAAGAGCAUGCAGGACCGCCUGCGUCUGGGCCACUUCACCACCGUCCGACACGGAGCGUCCUACACGGAGCAGUGGACCGACGGAUAUGCAUUCCAGAACCUAAUCAAGCAGCAGGAGGGCAUCAACCAGCAGAGGGAGGACAUAGAGCGACAGAGGAAGCUGCUGGCCAAGAGGAAGCCCCCGAACCCGGCGUCCCCCUCCCUCUCGGUGGCCUCCACCUCUGAGCCCAAGCAGCGCAAAACCAAGGUGGUCAAUGGCAACGACUCGGACCCCUUCCUCAAGCCCUCCUUACCCCAGCUACUGACCCUCGCCGAGUACCACGAGCAGGAAGAGAUCUUCAAGCUCCGCCUUGGACACCUGAAGAAGGAGGAGGCCGAGAUCCAAGCGGAGCUGGAGCGGUUGGAGCGGGUGAGGAACCUCCACAUCAGAGAGCUGAAGAGGAUCAACAACGAGGACAGCUCUGCGUUUAAAGACCAUCCCACUCUGAAUGAGAGGUACCUGCUGCUGCACUUGCUGGGCAGGGGCGGCUUCAGUGAAGUCUACAAGGCGUUCGACCUGUUCGAGCAGCGCUACGCAGCUGUGAAAAUCCACCAGCUCAACAAGAACUGGAGGGAGGAGAAAAAGGAGAACUAUCACAAGCACGCGUGCCGGGAGUACCGGAUACACAAGCAGCUGGACCAUCCCAGAAUUGUGAAACUGUACGACUACUUCUCUCUGGACACCGACACGUUCUGCACGGUGCUGGAGUUCUGCGAAGGAAAUGACCUGGACUUCUACCUGAAACAGAACAAGCUGAUGUCGGAGAAGGAGGCCCGCUCCAUCGUUAUGCAGAUCGUCAGCGCCCUGCGCUACCUCAAUGAGAUCAAGCCCCCCAUCAUCCACUACGACCUCAAACCCGGUAACAUCUUAUUGGUGGAUGGUACAGCGUGUGGAGAAAUAAAAAUCACAGACUUUGGCCUGUCAAAGAUCAUGGACGAUGAUAACUAUGGUGUGGAUGGGAUGGACCUCACGUCACAGGGGGCCGGCACCUACUGGUAUCUCCCUCCCGAGUGUUUUGUGGUGGGGAAGGAGCCGCCCAAGAUUUCCAACAAAGUGGACGUCUGGUCCGUGGGAGUGAUUUUCUUCCAGUGCCUCUAUGGACGCAAGCCGUUUGGUCACAACCAGUCACAACAAGACAUUCUCCAGGAAAACACCAUCCUCAAAGCCACAGAGGUGCAGUUUCCUGCCAAACCCCAGGCCAGCACAGAGGCCAAGGCGUUCAUCCGGCGCUGCCUGGCGUACCGCAAGGAGGACCGGUUUGACGUCCACCAGCUGUGCUCGGACUCCUACCUCCUGCCUCACAUGAGACGCUCCAACUCGUCCGGCUCCCUGCAGCCCUCGUCCUCGUCGCUCCCCACCUACUGACUGAAAGGGCUCACUCACGUAACUGACAGGACCGCCGGGCCAAUCCCCCCGAGGGCGGGAUUGUUGAAACUGAAGGAUAAUGGACAUGGAUCGUAAUUUUUUAUAACUAUUAUGUUUUUAGUUUUUUUCUUCUGUCCCUGAAAUGGAUAAAAUGGAGAGAUGGACGUGACGGAAGAGGACGAAACCCCCCCCCCACACACACACACACAUGUUGUACAGCGUUGAAUCCUUGAACUCAACUGCGUGAGACGAGGAAAAGGAAGAAAAAAAAAUGAGACUGAUGAAUGGAAGGGGAAUGGCGAGAGACGAUGGGCUGUGAUGAGAGAGACACGGUGGGAUGGCGCAGCAUUUGUUUGCAGCAGAAGAAGAAGAACCUCGUGGAUCUGUUCAUGGACUUAUUAAUUCAUUAACCCUCGUAGGAGACAUUUCCUACACGUCCCCACCUCUACACACAGAAUAUAUCCUACAACAUGUCUGAGGAUUGUGUCGACGUUAAGGCGCUGUUACAGGCCCGGAGGUCAGCCGACGCGGUGCAGAGGAGGCAUGUCCGUCAGAUGUGGACCACCUGUUCAGCUCUGCAGUCCUUUGCCCCUCGCAGCCCCCUAAAGCACACAAACAGGGCUCGACUUAAAAGAUGUUGUGACCUUCGAUGGGACUUGACAAAACCGAAAGGAGAAAUAUAAAAGUUCCAGAUUAAAAAAUAUCUGGGGGUCGAUUUGCACUUACGAUAGAGAAAGGUGGUCGUCGUCUGGUCGCUUAGAUUUUGGCAAUGAAGCACCACAACGUGAGCUCCUCCCGGACUCGUCAAAUCCUCUAUUCACAUUCGUUUUUUUGUUCUUGUGUCGCAAAGCAGUUUAGUUUUCAGGUCCACUGAGAGUGGACGUGUGAAUGCGUCCGUUUCUGUUCAGGUAAGAGUCAAAAAGUUUCAAAGGAGCGGAGUCUGACAGUCCCACGUUGUCCCAAAUCACUAACUCCGCCUGAGAAGACCUGGGCCGGAUCCGCCGUUUACUGUAUUGCUAAAGACUCGGGGCCACAGAAUUCAGUCUACAUUUCGUGUGCAGGAGACUCACUCGUGUGUGUGUGUGUGUGUGUGUGUGUGUGUGUGUGUGUGUGUGUGUGUGUGUGUGUGUGUGUGUGUGUGUGUGUGUGUGUGUGUGUGUGUGUGUGUGUGUGUGUGUGUGUGUGUGUGUGUGUGUGUGUGUGUGUGUGUGUGUGUGUGUGUGUGUGUGUGUGUGUGUGUGUGUGUGUGUGUGUGCGUGCGUGCGUGUGCGCGCACGCUGUUCUCAGUUUGCUGCUAUAAAUGUUGCUUAUAGUUUGUGACGUGUGAACGGUUCCUGGCCUCGCAUAUGUGCACACUUGAACUGCGCUCAGAGGGAGAUCCUCUGAAAUGGACCGCGAGGCGACGCUGUCCGAGGUGACGCGACACAUUCUGCUGCCAACGACAUCAAAUGUCCGAGUGGGUUCGGUUGUUUCGUCUUCUUUUUUGUUUAUUUCCAUGUAAAAGUCCAAAAAGACUUUUUAUCUGGAGCUCAAGUCCCAGUACGCUGUGUGGUGAGAACUGGUCAGACCCUGCUCGUGCCAGUGGAGGUGGGCCCCACGCCCCCGGUCGGACCCCGUGUUGCAGCAUGAUUAACUGCGGCUAGAAAUCAAGUGGAUAUAUCCAAAUGUUGUCUCUUUUCCUGUAAAUAAAAACACAUACCUGUA